CUCCGUGCAGGUUUGUCGCUGCUUCCUAAGGCUCCUUGCUGCCCUUGGGCUCAGCCUGAGCUCCUCAAAGUUUGGGUUUUCUCAAGGAUCAGUGCCUUGGUCUGAGCUGUCCUGCCCUGGCCGUGUCUCGGAGCACACACCUGGCAGCCAGGCUGGCAUGAGAGGGGCUUAUCUUCCUCUCUGCUUACCUUGGCUCUGAGGGACCAUAACCUGCAGCUCCCGAAGGCCUGUGUGCGGUGAAGGAAAACUGCUGAUCCUGCAGAGAUAUCACUUUAUUCAGCUGCUCUGUUAAAGGUGUUUCAUGGAGCCUUUCCUCCAUGCCCCAUGCUGCCUGUGAAACUUAGUCCUGCUGCUCUCCACGGGGCCAUCUGAGAGCACAGCAGCUGGACACAGCGAUGGGGGACUCUUCGGGAAACGCCAUGGAUGGAGGCACGGACACACCGACUGAGCUGGCAGAGCGGGUCGCAGCCAUAGAUGUGUGUGUUGUCCCAGACAGAGGAGACCAAAAUGGUGAAGAUGAUGCUGAAGAGAAUGACACAGUGUUUUCUGAUAAUGUAAAGGACAUCCAAAGAAAUGGAGUCAACAGUGACGUGGGAAUCAAUGAACUUCUGCCUUCCCCGCAGUCAGAAGAUGCCCAGUUGAGGCAUGUUCCCAAGAGACCUCCCACUAGACCUGGUCUGUCAAGUAGGAAGCUGUCCCUUCAGGAAAGAUCAUCAGGAGGUUAUUUGGCUUCUAGCAACACCCCAGGUUGUGGCCCUUAUGCCACAGGACCGUCACCACGAAUAAUGAGGAGACCAACGAUAGAGUCCAACCGGGUCUCCAUCUCAGAUUCUGAGGACUGUGUGCAAUUAAACCAGUACAAGCUGCAGAGCGAAAUAGGCAAGGGUUCCUACGGCGUUGUGAAACUGGCCUACAACGAGGACGACGACAAGUAUUACGCUAUGAAAGUCCUCUCCAAAAAGAAGCUCCUGAAGCAGUACGGAUUUCCACGUCGGCCUCCUCCCAGAGGGUCGAAAGCGUCCUCUGGAGAGCAGCCCAAGCCCAUGGCACCACUGGACAGAGUCUAUCAGGAAAUAGCCAUCCUAAAGAAGCUGGACCACAUCAACAUCGUUAAGCUGAUAGAGGUCCUUGAUGAUCCUGCAGAGGACAACUUGUACAUGGUGUUUGACCUCAUGAGGAAAGGGCCUGUCAUGGAGGUCCCCAGUGAGCAGCCUUUCAGUGAGGAGCAGGCUCGGCUCUACUUCCGAGACAUCGUCCUGGGCAUCGAGUACUUGCACUACCAGAAGAUCAUCCACCGGGACAUCAAACCUUCCAACCUGCUCCUAGGAGAUGAUGGGCACAUCAAAAUCGCUGAUUUUGGAGUCAGCAAUCAGUUUGAAGGGAAUGAUGCCCAGCUCUCCAGCACGGCAGGGACACCAGCCUUCAUGGCACCAGAGGCCAUCUCACAGACUGGCAAGAGUUUCAGUGGAAAGGCUCUGGAUGUCUGGGCCAUGGGAAUCACCCUGUACUGCUUUGUUUAUGGGAAGUGCCCUUUUAUAGAUGAAUAUAUUCUGGGUCUUCAUAACAGGAUCAAGACCAAGCCUGUGGAGUUCCCAGAAGAAGCACAGAUAAGUGAUGAGCUCAAGGAACUGAUGCUGCGCAUGCUGGAUAAAAAUCCAGAAACAAGGAUAACAGUCCCAGAAAUUAAGGUGCACCCCUGGCUGACGAGGGGCGGGGAGGAGCCGCUGCCGCUGGAGGAGGAGCACUGCUCCGUGGUGGAGGUGACCGAGGAGGAGGUGAAGAACUCGGUGAAGACCAUCCCCAGUUUGCCAGCUGUGAUCCUGGUGAAGGCCAUGCUAAGGAAACGCUCCUUUGGAAAUCCCUUCGAGGUCCAGACGAGGCGGGAGGAGAGAUCCAUGUCUGCCCCGGGGAAUUUGCUGAUAAAACAAGGGAGCAGAGAAGGAUCCAGGGACCCCGAGCUGCCUGAUGUGUGUGAAGACGAAGCCACGUCCUGAGGCUGCCCGGCCGGUCCCGCUCGUGCUGCUGCUGUUGUGCCCAUCGUGGUGUUGUGUAGCACCAUCGCCCUCAUCACCCCCUCUGGGGCCUGCAAAGCAAAAAAAAACAAAACAAAACAAACCACGACCAAACAAAAGCCACCAAAAUGGGACCCACCCAGAAAACCAGGCGGGAGGAGCAGAGCAGCCAGAAGGAGCAGAGCGAGUCCUCGGGCGAGGCGUCCGUGCCCUCCUCCGUGUGUGCCUUGCUCUCCACUUGUGCUUCACCCCUGGGCUCUGUCCCCUGGGUGUCUUGGCUGAGGAAUGUGGGUUUAUUUGUAACGUUGUCUCAGGGGUCCCUCGCCCCAGAGGCCUUUUCCUUGCGUUUUUGUGUUCUCUCAUUUCAAGCAUCAGGAGGAAAAGCGACGUCGGAGCCAGGUUUUGUGUCAGAGAGCAACUGUUUUAUUGAGUGCACAAGUAAAGCACCUCUGUUUGUCAGGACACAGUCCUGCUCCUGCUGUGGAGCUGAGGGCAGAAUUUGGGUAGCAGUUAAAUGAGGAUGAGAUCUUGCUUUUGGAGCGAACACUCUCCCUCCCAAUGCCUUUCUUUCUCUUUCCUUUUCCUUCUCCUCUCCCCCCUCAGUUUUUCACAGCUGUCAGUCCUGCUUGCUUCAGCCAGUGCAGUGUUGUGAAACAGAGCUUGCACCAUGCAGUGAGCCUUGGGAUGUCACAGAGCUCUGGAGCAGGGGGAUGUGCUGCUCCCUGGAACAGCUCAGUGCCCCAGGGACACCUGCUGACCAAGGCUGCUCUUCCCACAGAGCUGGGAAUGCCCCCCAUCAUCUGCACCCACUCCUGCACCCACGGACCUUGUUCUCAAGCUGGAGAGAGCUGCAGGUUUUGGGGUUAUUUUGUUUCAUUCGUUUCCCUCACUCAUCUCUUACCUGAUGCUUUUAAACUUUCGUUUCCUGAAAACCACCCAAACAGGGAGAGCUCCCGGGGAUGGAAAAUGCUGGUGGAGGGUUUUUAGACUGAGGAAAGCUACAGAACACAAGAUCACAACUUGAUCUUUUGGUUUAUUUUUUUAAGGCUUUAAUUUUUAAUUUUAUUUUAAGAGACUGUAAUUCUUAUGCAUGUGCUGAUGCUGCUAUUUUAUCCAUAGAUUGCUUCUAAACUUGGGAUUAGAAGCUUCAUCUCUACAGUUUGACAACAGGUGAGAGAUUGCACUUGAAAAGGAAAUGCAGCCAUUUCCAUGGCUGUUGACUGACUGGACUUGUGUGGAUAAUCAGGAAUUCCACUCUUGCAUUCAGAGAGUAAAAAGCAGUGACAUCAAUUCAUCAAAAUAUAUGUCAUUAUUUUCCCUUGAGCUUUAUGGGGUCUGAACGUGCCCCUGGGAAGCCAAAGGGAUUGGAAUCUUAUUUUAUAGCACUUAAAUAAAGGACAUGAUUACAUUUGGUUCCUACACAAUCAUCUUACUGUCUGUUUUUUUUUUUUAAGGUUUAAUCCUGAGGACUUUGUUCCUUAAUUUUUUUUGUGCAAGGAGAUACCUGCACAGGGGUUGUUGGUAGUGACUGGUAUAUUCUGGUGUUCCUGUUCUGUUUGCUGUGAUCUAUCUUGGUGGUUCCCAACGUUUUCAUAGCUGGGCUUUGCUGCCAGUGCCUUCUGCCUGUCCCCAACCUGUCACCUCCCCUCCCUCAUCCUCAGCCACCUCGGUGGGAUGCCCAGCAGUCACAUCUCACCUGUAAAUACUGGCAAAUUGGGAAAUAAUAUGGCAUCUGAUGGAUUUCACCGAGGAGACCUUUAAUAUUUAAAGCUGGCAGUGAUGUUGGAUCCUGGAAAGGUUACUUGCUGUGGGCCUGAGCUCUGCACUGCUGCAUCCAGCUGCUAAACCCUGCUUGUCUGUGUGUCUGCCUGUGCUCAGCAUCCUCCAAAGAACCCUGGUCCUGCACCAGCUGAUCCAUCCCACCGGGACACUGCACCUUUUGCUGGGAUCCUGCUGCCCUGUGGUGAAGAUUUAGGUACCCAGAGACAGGGGGUGAAAGUGGAGGUGGGGACUCAGCAGGUCUGAGGGCACAGGGGGCUCUGCAGAUGGAAGAGACUGGCCAGGAGGAUCCGCUGCCUGAGGAAGGGAGCUGGGCUGUGCUGGGGUGCCACAGCUCCUGCUGCACACCAGGGGCCCAGCUGGACAAACUGCCCCCCAGUUUGGGGCAAAAAAAGGACUUUCUCCAACUGGUGUCUCCAGGGCAAGGCCAGGGAGCGACCCUGGGACAAGGUCAUGUCUCAGGAAGGCCCCUUACCCCUGGGAGAGAAGGGAGAACUGAUCAUCCUUUACCCCUGUGGGACUUCUGAGGUCUAAGCAAUACUUGGGUUGAGCUCAAAGAGCUCCAAGAAUGCAGGCAUGGGGUUAGUUCUUGUAUUUUUAAUAUGUGGGAAGAAUAAUUUGCUAAUCCAGGCAGCUGGGGUUAUUUUAGUGAUGCCCAAGGGGUGGGAGCUGGCAGGGCAAGGCUGCAGGAGGGCUCUUCUCAGCCUCAAUUAGUACAACCAAACAAAUUAUGAUUUACAAAUUAACUCCAUGUCCUGUUCCUUCAGUGGUAGCUAAAGCAUCACUUCAGGUUUGGAGGGGGUGGAUGUUUUUCUUACCAUUAUCCCAAAAUGUACUUUGAAAUACCUGCCCUUUCAGCUGAAAGAAAUCCCUCUGGAGCUGUUCCCACAGGUCCAGGAAGCAACCAAGAGCUGAGCUCGUGUCAUACCUUGCUUCUUCAGCAGAUCUGCCAACAGUCUUUAUCCCUCCAGAAAUCACCCCAUAUUGCAUCACAAACAGCAGCCUGAAAACUUGCACGAACUGAGAUGAAAGAGGUGCCCUGGCAGCAAGAGAAACACUCAGAGAGGCAAAAAUAGGCCCUACUUCUCACUCAGCUGUGGUGAAAUCCUUGUUUGGGUGUGUGUUAGAGCAGCUUGGAGCAAUGCUGGUUCUGCUCUGAAGAAAGGAAGAGACUAAAGAGAGUGUUUAUUCGAAAAUAAACAUCUCUGGUAAGGCAGCACUUUCAGCUGUUGAGGAAAAGGAUUCUCUUUAGCUGGAUGGGUAAAUAUUUGUCUGCUUCUGUCUGUGAUUGAGGGGAUGGGGUUCGGUGUGGGCUCCAAGAAGCAGGAAGAGCUGGAGUGGGCACGUUGUGAUGCUUUUGUGUGUGCUCUGUAUUUGUCCCCUCCAAAUCCCCACUUGCCUGUGCAAUUCCUGGAGCACCAGGGUGAUGUGAACUGUGUUAGCUGGGCUCUGAGUCCCAAGGAGGGCUCCUCUUCCCCCCAGCACAACAGCACCAUUGGCUCUGUCAGCUUUUCCAGCUUGGGAAUGCUGAGGGACUUGGAAGGAAGUUUCUCUUCAGGGGGAAAUACAGGAGGUGGAUUUCUUUGUCUUGCUCAACCAAUAGCUCUAGGCCUUCAGUUUGGGGGAUAAUGCUAAGCAAAAAUCCUGGUUUAGUCUCUCCUGUCUGGCAGGGAGGAAUGGUCAGUCCAUGUCUUUAACCCUUUGGGCAGGAAUGUGUUGCUGUGAAGGUCACACCUGCAAAUAAAUGAGGUUUUCAGCAUCAGGGCUGGUGGUGGGAAGGCUGACUUUGUGUCCAGCUGCAUCCAAAGGGAGCCCGGCAGGGGACAGUGGAGCUGCUCCGUGCAAAGCAAAUUGUGACUGAAUAAAACAACUCCCAGGAUGGGAUUUAAUUCCUUAUUUAUUGCCAGACUUGCGAGGAGGAGCCAGUGGGGGGAAUUUCUUGUUCCUUCAGCACAACUCUGUGUCCUGAGGGCAUCGGCAGCGCUGCCACAGGGGCCAGGGCAGGAUUUCCUCCCUCUGAGCUGUGUGGCUCGUUUGCCCUCUCCAGCUCAGUGCUGUCCCUGCCCAGAAACACCAGGAGCUUUGUCCCACCAGGAGCUUUGUCCCACCAGUCCAGGGGUUUUGUUUUCAGACCCAGGUGCUCUCCAAGGGUUGUGGCUGCCCUUGCUCAUUCCCAGAGCCCCUGCAGCAGCAUCCCAUGGCUUUGGAUGUUCUCACACACGUGAGAGGCUGGUGCAGGACUGCAGGGUGUCCUCUGAUGGUGCAGGCAGUGCAGGAGCUCCAGAGCAGGGACAGUCAGGGUGGUUGUCUCUGGGUAGAUGGGCAAUGCAGUCUAACAGGAUCAUUUAUGGCCUUGGACACCUUCCUCCAUGAUUCCAGGUGCAGAGCCCCCAUCUCCAGCUCUUGGGGAGCUGCUCAGUGUUACUGCCCUGCCACAAGCAAAGCUGGUGCUGGUUUGGGAUGGGUGAUCCCAGCUCUGUGUGGGAUGGCACUGGCAGGGGAGGCAGGAUCCUUUCUGCCCCCAGGGGAUGGGGAUCUCAGGGAGUGUGAAAACAUUUCCAGAGGCAGGAGAGCUGUGCUGGGGGGUCCCACUGGGAGCACCACUGUGUCCAGUGUCCAGCAGGGAGACUGGAAAGCAGGUAGUGGAGGUUUUGUGUGUAAAUGUAACUUAGUUUGGGUGCCAAACUUGCCUGCUUUACCAGGGCACGUUUCCAGUGGAGCUUGCUGAGCACAGCAGUGGAAAGGAUUCCUUUGUGGCCCAGAGCCUCCCACAGAAGACCAUGCUCUGCUUGAGUCCCUCCCAAACUGAAUUAACCUGGAUUAUCCCAUGGCCCUGUUGCUCUGAAUGCAGCCUUCCAUAGGAUGAGGGAAGCAAAGCAGCUGGACAGUUGCUGCCUUGCUCCUCCCCUUCCUGAAGAAAAGCCAUGUCCUCUCAGAGCUGCUGCCCAGGCCCUCAGUCAGUAGCCACAAGCCAUCAAUCAAAGCUUUCCAAAAAAAAAAAAAAGUGUAAAUUCAAAAAAAAAAAAAAAAAAAAGAUUGCAACUUCUGAGGGUGUCAUUCAGAUCCUCUGUGCCGUGUUUUUGCUGCUGUUUCCCAUUUCUAGGCCUGUUCUGAUUUAAGUCUCUCGUUCCACUCGGUGUUCGAUUCCUGACCCUGUGUGUGCUCUGCUGUGACUCAAGCAUGAUGUAAAAAUGCACUCAGAACUGUAACAGCACGUGGCUGUUACACUGUAAAUAUGUACCAUGAAGAGAGAGGCUAUUUUUUGCAUGCUUUUGUACUGUAGAACUGAGGAGAAAACGACAAUAAAGUCCACAGAGAUGA